AAGUUUUGGAGUUCAUAUUCAGAAAUUAAUAGAAAAAUGCAAAAAAAGAAUAAAUGUGUUAAGAUGCUUGUCAGGAGCUGAUUGGGGAGCAAGCUGUCAGUCUUUGAAGAUAAUUUAUUAUGCAGUGAUUAGGUCAAACAUAGAUUAUGGUAGUAUAGUUUAUAGCUCUGCGAAUAAAACCUUACUUAAUAAGAUAGAAGUUAUACAAAAUCAGGCUUUACGUAUUUGUUGUGGAGCAUUUAGAUCAUCUCCAGUAGUAUCAUUACUAGUUGAAUUGGGAGAAAUGCAACUUGAACAACGAAGGACUCAACUGAGAAUGAGAUAUUGGGCUAGUGUAAAAGGACAUAAAGAAAAUCAUCCGGUCAGACUUCUUCUGAAAGAUUGUUGGGAAUAUGAAUAUAACGAAAUAAAAAGCUUUGGAUGGGUAGUAAAGAAAGAGGCAAGCAGUUUGAAUUUGAAAGAUUAUGUAAUAACCCCAACUGUUCCAAUACCGGCAAUUCCCCCUUGGAUGUUUUCUACACCAGUGAUCGAUUUACAAAUACAAAAAAUAAUGAAUAAUUGGGGGAAAAAUACACCAACUGAUAUCAUAGUACAACAACAUUUAAGUAAAGAAUAUUAUUCAGUUCUACAGGUAUAUACAGAUGGGUCUAAGGAGCCAGAGUCUGGAAGAACAGCAGCAGCAGUAUACAUUCCGACAUUCAAAAUAAAAAUUGCAAAAAGAAUAUCUAAUCAUGUGUCAGUAUUUACAACUGAAGUAUUAGCUAUCAUAUUAGCACUACAGUGGAUCGAAGAAGUUCAACCACUAAGAACUGUAAUAUGUACCGACUCAAUGGCUACGCUAAAUAGUCUUCUAAGUGGAAAAUCUGAAACUAGGCAAGAUUUAAUAUUUGAAGUAUUGCAAAGUCUAUUUAGAAUAAGGCAGUUAAAAAUACUGGUAUACUUUCUCUGGGUGCCAGCACAUGUGGGUGUAGAUGGAAAUGAGAAAGCGGACAAGCUAGCAAAGAAAGCAUUAAAUCAUCAGCAAAUAGAAAUGAAUGUAUUUUUAAGUAAAUCAGAAAUGAAAACAUUGAUUACAAUUGAAACUCGAAAGAAAUGGCAAACGAUAUGGAAUAAUGAGUCAAAAGGAAGACAUUUGUAUCAGAUUCAAAAGUUUAUUGGAAAGGAGAGGAAAAGAUAUGGAAAUAGGAAAAAAGAUAUAAUUAUUUCAAGGCUAAGAAUAGGUCACACAGCAUUAAACUACAGUCUUUUUAAAAUAGGGAAACAUGAAACAGGACAUUGUGACAAAUGCGGAGAUCCAGAAACA